UAGGUGGUUCGUAGCGCCUACAGCUGCCGAUGCGAAGGAUCUAAAACAAAAGAACCCGGCGCACUUUCAAUGGAAUGAUUUUAAUUCCUUGAAUUCUCAGAAAAUCCCAGUCCUGGCCAUCUAUUCCAGGAGCAUGCAGUAGGCGGCACCUAAAAGCUCUUGGGAGGCGAGCAGGCGCCAUUUGAGCAAAAGCAGCGGCGGCUGCAGCAGCUGGCAGGGCUCAGAAGUCGGCGACCGAAGAGCGAGCGAGAGGAGGACGGCGGGAGGACAGCCGGCCUGGCGGCGCAGGUGCUUCCUGGUGACAGUCAGAGGUCCUAAGCAACAUGCCGGAACAGAGCAAUGACUACCGCGUGGCCGUGUUUGGGGCCGGGGGCGUUGGCAAGAGCUCGCUGGUGCUGAGGUUCGUGAAGGGCACGUUCCGGGAGAGCUACAUCCCCACGGUGGAGGACACCUACCGGCAGGUGAUCAGCUGCGACAAGAGCAUCUGCACGCUGCAGAUCACCGACACCACAGGCAGCCACCAGUUCCCAGCCAUGCAGCGGCUGUCCAUCUCCAAGGGCCAUGCCUUCAUCCUGGUCUACUCCAUCACCAGCCGGCAGUCGCUGGAGGAGCUCAAGCCCAUCUAUGAGCAGAUCUGCGAGAUCAAAGGGGACGUGGAGAGCAUCCCCAUCAUGCUGGUGGGGAACAAGUGCGACGAGAGCCCCAGCCGCGAGGUGGAGAGCGGCGAGGCCGAGGCCCUGGCCCGGAAGUGGAAGUGCGCCUUCAUGGAGACCUCAGCCAAGCUCAACCACAACGUGAAGGAGCUCUUCCAGGAGCUGCUCAACUUGGAGAAGCGUAGGACCGUGAGCCUCCAGAUCGACGGGAAAAAGAGCAAGCAGCAGAAAAGGAAAGAGAAGCUCAAGGGCAAAUGCGUGGUCAUGUGAAGUCCUGUCCAUGGGAGGAGCCACAGCGUGUCCCCCUAUCCCCACUCCCAUCCCCUUCCCCACCUCACAUGACACCCACCAUCGUCAGGGUAGCAUGUCUGAUGCCCACGUGUUCAACAUCGCCUUUGGACCGAGCCGCACGCCCUGUCCUUCCCGAGAGGGCCCUUCAUGCCACCACCGAUAAGCAACCCCUCUCCAGAAUCAGGGAUUCUGCCCAGCCCUUUGGAUGGACGCCCUGCCUUGCCCGGCCUCGUGGGGGAUGGAGAGGCUCUGGCUGUCUCCAAAGGCGGCUUCACCAGGAAGGGAUGGUCUGGGUUGGCAGGAGCGGGUCCCAUCUGCAUGCGUGCGACAGUGUGGGACCCCCAGCCACGGCUCACCCCGACCAGGCC